GGCUAUGUCCUCAGCAGCCACCACGUCUCCAUCUGUGGACAAAGUGGACGGAUUUUCUCGGAAGUCUGUCAGGAAGGCCAAGCAGAAGCGAUCCCAGAGCUCGUCCCAGUUCCGCUCUCAAGGCAAACCCAUCGAGCUCACGCCGCUGCCCCUGCUCAAAGACGUUCCUGCUCCGGAGCAGCCCGAGCUGUUCCUGAAGAAGCUCCAGCAGUGCUGCACUGUCUUCGACUUCAUGGACACACUGUCAGACCUCAAGAUGAAGGAGUACAAGCGCUCCACCCUCAACGAGCUGGUGGACUACGUGACAGUCAGCCGGGGCUACCUGACGGAGCAAGCUUACCCGGAAGUGGUGAAAAUGGUCUCUCACAACAUCUUCCGGACUCUUCCGCCCAGCGACAGCAACGAGUUUGACCCAGAAGAAGACGAGCCCACGCUGGAGGCCUCCUGGCCCCACCUACAGUUGGUUUACGAGUUCUUCAUCCGGUUCCUGGAGAGUCAGGAGUUUCAGCCCAGCAUUGCCAAAAAGUACAUAGACCAGAAGUUCGUCCUGCAGCUGCUGGAGCUGUUUGACAGCGAGGACCCUCGGGAGCGAGACUACCUGAAGACGGUGUUGCAUAGAAUCUACGGCAAAUUUCUGGGCCUGAGAGCUUUUAUACGAAAACAGAUCAAUAAUAUUUUUCUACGUUUUGUUUAUGAGACGGAACACUUCAACGGCGUGGCCGAGCUGCUGGAGAUCCUGGGCAGCAUCAUCAACGGCUUCGCGCUCCCCCUGAAAGCAGAACACAAACAGUUUCUGGUCAAAGUUUUGCUUCCGCUGCAUACGGUCAGGAGCCUGUCCCUGUUCCACGCACAGCUGGCAUAUUGUAUUGUACAGUUCCUAGAGAAAGACCCCACAUUAACGGAAGCGGUCAUCAGAGGGUUACUGAAGUUCUGGCCCAAAACCUGCAGUCAAAAAGAGGUGAUGUUUCUCGGGGAGCUGGAGGAGAUCCUGGACGUCAUCGAACCAACGCAGUUUGUAAAGAUUCAGGAGCCACUUUUCAAGCAGAUUUCCAGAUGUGUGUCCAGCCCUCACUUCCAGGUGGCGGAGCGAGCGCUCUACUACUGGAACAACGAGUACAUCAUGAGUCUGAUCGAGGAGAACUCCAGCGUCAUCCUGCCAAUCAUGUUCUCCAGCCUCUACCGGAUCUCCAAGGAACAUUGGAACCCGGCCAUCGUGGCGCUGGUCUACAACGUCCUCAAGGCCUUCAUGGAGAUGAACAGCCCACUGUUUGAUGAGCUGACGGCGUCGUACAAGUCCGACCGCCAGCGUGAGAAGAAGAAGGAGAAGGAGCGCGAGGAGCUGUGGAGGAAGCUGGAGGACUUGGAGCUGAAGCGAGGCCUUAGGAGCGACGGCAUCAUCCCCACUUAACGCUGCCCCGCCCCGCCCCCGCUGACCCCGCCCCCUCCGGAGCGUCGCUGGUUUUGAAACGUUUUUAUUUUUCGAGUUUUUAUUUCUCCUGUGUUGUGCGACUUACUUUACCGUAGAUUCAUCACUUCGUUAUUUUAACUGUAAAUAAUUAUUUUCUCGUUCGUUUUUUUCUCUCUCGACGGGUUAUUGUUCUAAACGCAACAAAUAAACAAAGAAAAUAAAAAGAAGAAACUAGAUGACACGUGGGGGGCUCAACUGAAAGACUGUAGACGCCAAAACUACAAUUAAAAAAAAAAAAAGGAAAAAAAAGAAUGAAGUGAAAAAAAAAAGAUCCAAAUGUUUGAAUCAGAUCUCCUAACUCUCACCUGGUUCUGUCACACUGUUCCUGGCUCUCCCUCUCGUCUGUGUCUGUCCUCAUGUGGACGUCCACUGUAGUCCUCCUCCUGGCCUCGGCCCCAGUCUUGGUCUGAGACUCGUCCUCAUCCGACCGCCGGUCUUGGUGAAACGGGAAGUGAUGCGAGUCUGUGCGCUCCAAUGGAAGUUCAUUUAGUUUCCUGUGUUUAAUGCAGUGCCACUUGUGUCCAGCAGGUGUCAGCGUGAGACGUUGUUGAAUCGAUCCGGAAAAGAUUUAUUUUUACACAAGUAAUAAUAAUGGUGUUUUGAGGCGAUCGCUGAAGGAUCAAUGACCAGUCGUUGAUUCUGCCUCGUCUCCUCAGAGAAACAAGACGCUGCCACUAAUUGAACGAAGCUGAACGGUAAAUUCUAAAUGACCUCUCGUUGACUUUUGACCCCCUCCUGCUGCAGGUAUCAGUCUGGCACUGAUAACCUUUGACCCCGACGGGAGUAACCACACCAGCAGGGGGCCUGUAGAUGUAGUGGGCGGAGUCUCUGAUUCUACUUCCUGUUUUGCCCGUUUUGUUUUCAUCAUUUGUUUCUGUUUAUGAGGGGGAGGGGUCAGGAUGAGUAGACCCCGCCCCUCUCCUGUUCUGACGUCAUCGCCGUUAAAAAAAGAAAAAAGUGAAUAAAAACAAAAAUGUUUAAUUAUUUUAAAAAAUAAAGAAAUAUUAAAUCAUGAACUCCGUCAUCGAUGUU